CGCAAUCUCUCACUUCAGAAUCCUGUUGAGCAGCAAUAGACAUGCAAGUGCUUCUCUUCAAAACAAUGCAAAAAGGCACAUUUUUUGCCAGAUUGUGAUGAUACAGAUACAAGAUCUUUAAAACAUCCUAAAACAUUGGCAUUUCUGUCUGAUGUCUAGAUACACAGUAUCUAGUUCUUAAUGAUUAUGAUACCAAAACAAAAAUGACUGAUCAUAUUGUAACUUUAUCUCAUGCAAGUACAUUCUUUAAGCAUGUUUAACUGACUUUCUACAGAAUGUGGUAUGAAAUACUUUGAACAAACGUAGAUGUUUUUGGCAGUUUUAUUGUGUGUGUGUGUGUGUGCAAUGACACAGAGGAAGUGAGGGUGGAGAACCACUAACCACAUUGAUCAAUUCCUUUUUGCCCUGCCUAGUCCUUAGAAGAAACUAACACAGCAGGAGAUAAAGAAGCGGGUUGAUAUUCACGGGAAAAUGUUUGGCACUGUGUGUGGACUGAUAUGGAUGGCCGUUACCGUGAGCUUGUUCAUCUCAACGGGACAUCCCUCGCCCACACCGAUGCCUGACCAGUAUGCCAGAGGACUGGAUUGGUUGAGCCGGUAUGGGUACCUCCCUCCUCCUGAUCCUCGCACGAGCAAGCUGCAGACGAAGGAUGGGGUCGAGCAGGCGAUCCGCGAGAUGCAGAGAUUCGGAGGGCUCGAGGAAACGGGCAGACUGGAUAAAGACACUCUCAAUCUCAUGCAGACGCCUAGAUGCUCUCUCCCUGACAUUGUGGGAUCAGAGGACAUGUUGAAAAGGAAGAGGAGGAGGAAGAGAUACGCCCUGUCAGGCCUUCGCUGGGAUAGGACCGACCUGACAUGGAGCGUCCACAGUUACCCAAACCCCUCCCGUUCGACCUCUGUCUUCCGCCCGGACACGGUGGAGGCGAUCCUGACUCUGGCCUUCAAGGCCUGGAGUGACGUGGCCCCCCUCAGCUUCCGACAGCUCUCUGGGAGCGACAGAGAAGAUAUGGGGCCCGGAGGGGACAUCCGAGUGUCUUUUACCCGCUCGCUCCAUGACGACGGGUACCCUUUCGACGGUAGAGGGGGCACCCUUGCCCACGCCUUCUUCCCGGGGAGGGAUGACGUCGCGGGGGACACGCACUUCGAUGACGAUGAGUACUGGAGCUAUGGAGGGGACAGCAGUAGCACAGACCUCUUCACAGUGGCGGUGCAUGAGUUUGGCCACGCCCUAGGUCUGUCCCACUCCUCCUCGGAUCCCUCCAUUAUGAGGCCCUACUACCAGGGAGCUGUGAAAGACAUCUCCUCCUACAACCUUCCUCUGGAUGACAGGAUGGCUAUUCAAGAGCUCUACGGGAGGAAGGAGAGCAAGCCUGCAGUGCACCCUGGUGGCAGUGGUUCAACUCCCAGUCACCCUCGCCUGCCCAGUCCUCCACCUCCAAGGCCAACAAAACAUUCGGACCGCUCUUUCCAAAGUCGUUGUGAGGGCGGCUUUGAUGCUGUGGCAAAUAUCAGAGGAGAGGUCUUCUUUUUUAAGGGUCCACAUUUCUGGAGGAUGCAGAGGACAGGUAAUCUUGUCUCCCUCAACCCAGCCCUGAUUAGAAACUUCUGGAUGGGGCUCCCCCCUGAAACCAACAAGAUUGAUGCCGUUUACGAGAGGAAGAGCGAUGGCAUCAUCAUCUUCUUCAUUGGGGCUCAGUACUGGGUGUUCAAAGACAAUGUGGCCCGCCCCGGCUACCCCAGGCCUCUGGCAGAGUGGGGGAUGAGGACCAAGGACGGCGAAAAAGUGGAAAGAGUGGAGGCUGCCUUCGUGUGGGCCCACAACGGGAAGACCUAUCUAUUCAGCAUGGGUGAGUUCUGGAAGUUCGACGAGGGCCGAAAGGAGGAGGGGAGGAAGCCGGAGGGGGGCUACCCCAAAGACGCAGCCCUCUGGAGAGGGGUGCCAGCGGACCCCGAUGACAUCAUCAGCUGGGGAGAAGGAGAUGCGUACUUCUUUAAGGACAACCUCUAUUGGGUCAUGCAGAGAGGAGGACUGGACCAAGAUAAUGUCACUCCAAAAUCCAUUGCGGUGGAUUGGCUCAGGUGUCCACAUGUACCCACACCUACACCCCACCUUCCAGCCAAUCCUCAUCCAAGGGGAAAAGACUGCAGCUGUGACUUGAGCAGAGCAUCUGCAAUUCCCAUUUGCAGUUGGUUGAUCCUGCUAUCUGUUGUGGUUCAGCUGAUUUGUUUUAAAUUAACAAGGUAAUAAAAUUUGUAAAACACA